UAAAGCGCUGGGGAACCUGGUAGCCAACGUUCGGAGCUGCCGAUGCCUCUGUUGCCUUCCGUGGGUACAACACCUGGAAAAGACGCUAAAGGACACUUCACCCUGUAUCACAUUUCACAGCUGCUGCAUUCUUGAUCGUUUUUCCCAUCCAAGCAGGCAGAUUUGGGGGUGGGGUGGGGUAAGGAAGGCAAGAAAGAAAGUGUAACUCUUACUGGAUUGGUUUGUUAUUUGUUAUUUUUGUUUUGGUAGAGUUUUAUUUUUAUUUUAUUGUGUGCGUGUUUCCCCCCAUAUCUCUCCUGGAAUCGUUGUUGCAUCGUCUCCUAACCCCAGAGGGGGCCAGAAUUGCUGGGGGCCAUAUCUAUUAGCGGCUCCCCUGGGCAUGGCUUCAGCUGGCAGCGGGAUGGAGGAGGUGCGUGUGUCGGUACUGACCCCGCUGAAGCUAGUGGGACUGGUAUGCAUUUUCCUGGCUCUAUGUCUGGAUCUGGGAGCGGUUCUGAGCCCGGCCUGGGUCACCGCGGAUCAUCAAUAUUACCUGUCUCUGUGGGAGUGCUGCCGGAAACCCGCCAACGUAGACAUCUGGCACUGCGAGUCCACUCUGAGUAGCGACUGGCAGAUUGCUACUCUGGCCUUACUCUUGGGUGGUGCUGCCAUCAUUCUCAUUGCCUUCUUGGUUGGUUUGAUAUCAAUCUGUGUGGGAUCUCGGAGACGUUUCUAUAGACCAGUUGCAGUUAUGCUUUUUGCUGCAGUCGUUUUACAGGUGUGCAGCCUUGUCCUCUACCCAAUCAAGUUCAUUGAAACCGUGAGCCUGAAAAUUUACCAUGAGUUCAACUGGGGUUAUGGUCUGGCUUGGGGUGCAACUAUAUUUUCUUUUGGGGGUGCCAUCCUUUAUUGCCUGAACCCAAAGAACUAUGAAGACUACUACUAGAAACAACAGUCUCCAAAGAAAAUAAACAAAGAAUUAUUACAUCUUUUCUAACUUAUGGUUUUCUAGAACACUUGCAGAGCAUCAAAGCAGUUUGAUCUGUUGACUCAUUAUCCUCUGCCCUUUGGCUGCUGUCAUUAUAAACAGCUUUUACAUGUGUUUUGGGGACCUGCAGAAAUUAAGAGAGCUGAUUAAACCUAAGCAAAUGCUGCAAGCUUCCAAUAUGUUAACGUCAUCUUACUUGACAAGUGAAGGAUCAACAUGACAGACCAUUGUCUGAAAACUAGGUGGAAAA